CCUCCAUCUUUCUCGUCCUUUCACCCCAAUCGACAAACAGACAGUGAGUAUCAGCGGCGGCAAUGCGAACAGGAGUCAGGGAGGAUAUGAAGACACGAGAGGGAGGCAUGGACGGAGAGAGAAGUUGCAGCACCGUGGUCGAUUGGAGAGGGACAGGAAGGUCAUCAUGGCAGGGAAGGGGAAGAAGUGGCGGUGAGACAUUGGGUCUUCGCCUUCGAGGUUGAGCUAUUCGGCUCAACGGGGAAGCUGGGGGCGAUGGAGCUUUGUCCAUCUUGCACGCCCGCUCUUUGGGCAGGGUCGCUGCGGCUAGGCCUGGGAGGAAUCGUGGAUCGCACCUUCUCCAACUCCCUCUUGCGGCAUCCCAUGCUCACACGCUGCACACUCUUCCUUCUUCGCCACUCGCAGAGAUGACCAAGAAGAGAAGGAAUGGUGGCCGCAACAAGCACGGCCGUGGCCACGUCGGCUUCGUUCGCUGCUCCAACUGCGCCCGUGCCGUCCCCAAGGACAAGGCCAUCAAGCGCUUCACCGUCCGCAACAUCGUAGAGGCCGCUGCCGUCCGUGACCUUUCCGACGCCAGCGUCUACGCCGAGUACGCCCUGCCCAAGCUCUACAUCAAGAUCGCAUACUGCGUCUCGUGCGCCAUCCACGCGCACGUCGUCCGUGUCCGAUCCGCCGAGGGCCGCAGGAUCCGUACGCCCCCCGUUCGCGUGCGCUACAACAGGGAUGGCAAGAAGAUCAACCCUGCCGUGGCUCAGGUCCAGAACUCCGGCGUCGGUCCUCAGGCUGGUGGUGCCCCCGCGCCCACUGUCAGGGUCUAAGCUUGUCUCUCUCUCACAGCCUUCAAUAUGAUUGAACAGAGUUGCGAGCCCAUCAUCCUGUAUUCCUGAUUAG